GGAAAUCCGCAUACACCUUUACUUUGACUAGCAAUUUUCUUGUGCUCUUACAUAAUACUCAGACAAAAUGUUGAUAUUUCAGGCAUCUGUUUUCUCAAUUUCAAUUUUAUUACUCACGGUAUCUGUGAUAACGCAUGCAGCACCAUCGUCGAACGCGAACGCGGCGAAGCUGCAGUCCAUAGCCCAAUACCUGGACUCGCUGCCAGACUCCACCAUCUUCGACUACAUCUUCCGUGUCAACAAAGGGGCAGGACUCAAUCUCUUUGAGGGCGAUAUCAAAGACCAUGACCCAAGACACCAGGUCCGGACAGCCAUCACCAACCACAACCAGCUGUGGAACACCCGGGUCGUGCCCUACAUCAUCGACCCUGUGUUUGACUCUGCUGGCCGGAAGGAGAUAACAUCCGCCAUAGACGAGUACCACCAGAAAACCUGCAUCAAGUGGGUUCCCCGGACCAGCGAGAAGGACUAUGUUCACUUCAAACAAAUCAGCGGGUGUUUCUCAAACAUCGGUCGAACUGGAGGGAUGCAGGAGAUCUCCUUGACCGGGUACUGCUUGAAAAAGGGCUCAGCCGUGCACGAGAUGAUGCAUGCGCUCGGCUUCUGGCACGAACAGAGCCGGCCGGACAGAGAUGGCUGGGUCCACGUCAUCACGUCAAACGUCGAGGACGGCAAAGAGUACAACUUUGAGAAGCUGACGACGACACAAGCUGAUACACUAGGGGUAUCCUAUGAUUAUGGGAGCGUCAUGCACUACUCCAAAUACGCCUUUAGCAAAAACGGAAACCCUACCAUCAUGCCUACAAAUCCUCCCUCGGCGGAUAUAGGGCAGCGCGAUGGUCUCAGUGACUCGGAUGUUCUUCGCAUAACGAAACUGUAUGGAUGCGGCAUCCCUUCACCUACACAGUCACCAACGACAACAGCACCACCCCAGACAAAACCACCCCAGACAAAACCAACCCAAACAAAACCUCCUCAAACACAACCGCCCAGGACCCAACCUCCUCAAACACAAUCGCCCAAGACUCAACCUCCUCAAACACAACCACCCAAGACCCAACCUCCUCAAACACAACCGCCCAAGACCCAACCUCCUCAAACACAACCGCCCAAGACCCAACCUCCUCAAACGCAACCGGCCAAGACACAACUGCCCCAAACUCAGCCGGCUCAAACACAACCUCCCCAAACGCAGCCACCACAGACAAAACCGGCCCAAACUCAACCUCCCGCGACUCAACUGCCCCAAACUCAAACUCCCGCGACACAACCGCCCCAAACACAACCACCCCAAACUCAGCCAGCCCAAACUCAACCGGCCCAGACUCAACCGGCCCAAACACUACCACCACCACAGACAUUUGCACCCGUUCAUCAGAUGGGCUGGACGUACUGGUCCCACUGGUCCACAUGUGAUCUAAAAUGCAGCCAGUCUCGAUACAGAGUGUGUUUGAACUACGACAUAACAUACUGCCCUGGACCGAACGUUCAAGACAGGGACUGUGGUCCGCCGUGUAAGGCUUCCUCGCACCUUGGCUGCUGGCAUUUUGAGACGGACAACAUCACUGUCCCGACAGUAGAGGGAAACAGUCUUGAACUCUCCGAUAAUUACAAAGAUCGCGAGGACUCUGUCCGGAAGUGUGGGGAUUAUGCGGCAACACACGGGUAUCCAGUGUUCGCCCUUUAUGACGGGGGCAUGUGUCUGACCGGGCCCUACCAUCGCGGCUCCAUGUACGGGCUGUUCGGGCUCCUGGGUGUCUCCAACAAGUGUGAUAACGGGAGAGUCGGGGGGCCAAGCGCCGUUAGCCUGUACUCAUUUCAAGCAGACAUAGACGGAGGCUGGUCCGCGUGGUCAGGAUUCGGCCGCUGCACGCGAACGUGUGGCAUGGGACGUCAGUAUCGUUACCGCCGCUGUGACAACCCACCACCCGUCGGCAACGGAGCGCCCUGUGUCGGCAGCGAGAUGGACACGGCCAUAUGUAACCAGGGAUCCUGCAUCACGCCGAUUAAGUGUGGGACGAAGCUGCACGCGGGCGGACCGGGUUCAAGCGGAGUGAUCUGGGUGCGGGACUACAAGAACUUCAUGGAGUGCGAGUACCAGAUCGCCACCGGCGACCGCCUAGCAUCCAUCUCGCUAUACUUCUUCUCCAUAGACAUCGAGUAUAGCAAGGGUUGCAUCUAUGACGCUCUAAUGUUAUUUGACGGCCAUAACACGCUAUCGCCGCUGGUAGCGUCAUUAUGUGGGCGCACGUCGCAGGGAACGUUCGAGUCCUCGGGUAAUCGCGUGUACAUGAAGUUCGUGUCGGACGAGACGCAGACUGCCGGCGGAUUCACCAUCUUCUACACCAUCAAUAGCCGCUCUAGGAAGGCGUGUGUAAAGCCCCCAGUCACGGCGCACGCGGUGAUGACGCUGGAGGGAAACAUGGUAGGGCAGCGUGCGUGGUUCACGUGCAACCCCGGCUACCACAUGGUCGGCCACUCCCCCAUCACGUGCGUUGACCAGCCUGGUUUUGCGCUCUGGGACAACCAGUUCCCGUUCUGUGUCAACAAAUACAAGAGAAGUAAGUGCUUUGAGGAGACCUCCUGCACGUUCGAGGAUUCCUUGUGUGGCUUCGAGAACGAUAAGAAGAAUGACCUUGACUGGAAGGUCAAACUGCCUAUGUUCACCGGGAACGAUACGGCGACCGGCGUGAAUGGCAACUUUCUUCAAGCAGAGUCCUCACGUCUGCAGGCCCCUGGGGAUCGUGGACGAGUGGCAACCAUCGUUCUCCCCGGAAGUGACGGACACCUCCACUGUGCCCACUUCUCCUACCGCAUUGACGGAAGUGAGCUCAUUAGCAUGACCGUCUACCAGAGGAUUGAAGGCGGGGCCGAAAACGCGACAAUCUCUAUGGCUGAGGAAGAUCGCCUGUGGCCACUGAUGAUGGAGAAAGGAAGCAAUGAUCUUCAGUGGAAGCAGGCAUCCUUGCUGAUUGAAUCGUCACAGGAAUUCCAAAUCGUUUUUGAAGCUGCAGUAGGAAGCGAGCUGGGGACCAGCGUUGCCAUUGACAACGUGCGCGUUUCCGGCGGCGCAUGCUCAGUGAAAUAG